CCAAACCUCCACCACACCGCCAUUUGGUCCAUAGAUUAAGCACCAGGCACAGGCAGCCUCGCACCACGAAACCCCCGUCAACCUCCCCUCGCGCACGCACCAAUGGCAGCCACGCCGCCCAAGAGGGAGCCGCUGGCCCCCCUCAGCUGCAACGCGGCCGCAGACACGCCUGCGGCCACCGCCGGCGCGCGGCCACGCGCGCCGGCGGUCUCCGCCGAGAAGGAGAACCUGGGCGCGGCCAAUCUCGGCCCCGGCAAGGAGGAGAAGAGGGCGACGACGCCUGCUGCCGCGAAGGCGGCGCCGCUGAAGCCGUCGUCGCUGCAGGCCCGCAUGGAGGGCGAGGAGGCGCCGUCGGCGACCGCGACCGCGACGGCGGCGGGGCUGCCCGUGUUCGUCGGGCCGAGGGGGAGGGAGCUGCUGCCGCCGCCACCACCGCCGGCGUCGUCGUCCUACGAGGCGUGGGACCUCUCCGACAACGAGGCGGCGCCGGCCGCGUCCUGGGCCACGCUGCCCAACAGGGCGCUGCUGUGCCGCCCGCUGCCGCUCGACGUCGGGAGGUGCACCUGCGUCGUCGUCAGGGAGAAGGCCACCGGGGCCAGAGGCGUGGCGCUCUACUCGCUCUACACCAACGAGGGGCAGGGGCGGCAGGACCGGAAGCUGGCGGUGGCCCGGCACCGGAGGAGGAGAGGGAGGUCGGAGUUCAUCGUGGCGCAGAACCAGGACGGCGUCUUCUGCAGCUCCGACAAGAACUUCCUCGGGACUAUGGGUGCCAAUCUUGUUGGAUCCAAGUACCAGAUUUGGGGCCAGGGGGACCGGGUCGAUGAGCUUAAGAGCCAGUCCAAGCGGCUUCUUGGCGUCAUCGCGUUUGCCCCUACUAUUACUACGCUCACGGGGAGUUUCAGAAGCAUGAGGGCAUGGAUCCCCAAGAACCAGUCCAUGCAGCUGAGGACCAACAGUUCUGCUCAGAUUCAGCACGUCAGUGGGCUUCCAAAGGAUUGGCAGGAGAAGAGGAGCAGAGCUGAGCAACUCUGCUCAAGAUCACCUUUCUACAACAAUAUGACGAAGCGCUACGAACUAGAUUUCAGAGAGAGGGUUGGGAGGAUGGGAUACAAGGUGCAGACAUCAGUGAAGAACUUCCAGAUGACUUUGGAGGAGAACGGGAGGCAGACGAUCUUGCAGCUCGGUAGGGUCGGGAAGUCCAAGUACAUAAUGGAUUUCAGAUACCCCUUGACUGGCUACCAAGCAUUCUGCAUUUGCUUGGCGUCGAUGGACUCCAAGCUGUGCUGCACGCUGUGACUGAGAUGCAGAUGUGACAGAGUUUUGUUUAGCCCGAAUGUUGUUUUUGUGCUGAUGGUUUCCUUUGUUCGAUUUUUAUGUACAUGUAGUCUUCUCGCCUCGAGAAGGGAUUAAAUAAUUAGUAGAAGAAUCAUAAGAGAGCAAAAUGUUCGUCUGCUUA